AUGUCGCUCAAGCAUCUCAAGUUGAUCACUAUCAAGCGAAACUCGUCGCUCUUAGAAGGCUACAAGCUGUUUCCCAUUGCAGAUAAAUGGGCAGAAUUGUUACCUGAACGUGUACCACUUCAAUUCUCGCUCUUUCGUUACUUGGGUUUCUACGUUGCAUGCACUAAAAAUGGUAAAUCAAGUGUCGUCAAGUCUCGUGCAGUGUCGGCAUUACGUGUGACGAUCCAGAAUGAGGACAAGGUCGUAUUUAAUGAGAGAGUAAGCACUGCUUUUCCUAAUGGUGUCUACUACGUUCAAGACAUUCGUCUCGAGAACGCUGGUGUACAUACAGUGUGUGUGACGGUAGAGGGGAAAUUGGCAGAUGAUUUAGCACCACUUGUGCUUAAGACGCAAGUGUUUGAGUUCAUGGAGCUACAUGAGUGUCCGGACUUGAUGAAAGGUGCUUACCAACCACUGCGAGACUUUGUACUCGAGUGCAUCAAGAAUGGACAUCGCGAACAAUUACGCAAUGACUCUUUCCUUGAGUCUUACGUACGUACGAAGAAACACUCUUUGCGUAACAUUGAUGCAAAGUGGUGGUUGAAAGCGUUUGUUGAACAUACUCUGGAUCGCGAAGAACGUCAGCGACUCCUACAGAUUAAUGCUACGAUGCAUUCUUGCCGAACUACACACAAGCGCAAGCAGGCCCACCCUAGCCGCACGGCAGAUAAAAAGGAGCACGACAAUUUGUUUGCACGUCGAAAACGUGACUGGAAGCGCGUACGUGCCGGGGACAUGCGCAUGUUUACGACAGAACCACUAUACGCGGGGGCGACUACUACGGUAUACAGCAGCAAGGAAAUGUUUCGCCAGCUAAGUCUCUACGCGCAAGUCUAA